AUACAAGUCCCAAACAAUACUCCAUCGGCCAUCGCUUCUCCAUCAUAUUUAAAAGGUCAUCUUGAAAUAACACCGACAAUCAAGGCUUGGCUCUCGUCUCUGGCCUAGCUGGUUUAUUAGUCGUAUUCCCCGGCCCGUCCUCGCAUCGCCGACAACCACCAGUCAACACUAUACUGUCUCAACCCCACCAUUCCUCUCCAGGCACCAUGUCUAUGCGGGAAUCCAGCUAUGGGUCUUCUUACACAGAAGGCACGGACACUGCGUCGAUUUGUAGUGAUAACACCAUGCCGACUCAAUACGGCGACCCUAAUGAUGGUUUAUAUAAUCCGUAUCCUGCUCCCGACCCUAGGGCGAUGGGUUUGCCGUGCGAGUUCGUCGGAUUUGGGUGCAACCAGACUUUCAACUUCAACGAAGUCGAUGCUUGGAUCGAGCAUAUAAUUGCUGACCACCUCUUGCACAAACUCCCUUCUAAAGCUAUUUGUUGGUUCUGCGACACAUGGCGUUUUGACUCCAAGGCGCCCGAAGUUGGAUACGACCGCCGCCAAAACUUCGAAAAUAGGAUGUGGCACAUCCGCGAACACUUCAUAGAAGGUAAAACGGUUCAUGACAUACGUCCUGACUUCCAUAUGCUUGAGCACCUGCAUCGCCACAAGAUUAUCGCUGAGGAUACCUAUAUCGAAUGUAAGAGGUGGAACGACCUAUCAUGCCGUCGUGAAGAGAUGAAGCAUGUUCGCAGUCGUAACUUUGUGUCACCAGAGAUGGAGGCACGGAACCGACGCUCGCAACAGGUUCCUGUAGACAUUGUCAAAGAUGAAAGACAACGGAAGAAAGCACAGGGACAGAAAGGAAAGGAGCCCCGAGACAAACCAACUCAUCGCUCGAAGAGAUAAAUUGAGGAGGGAGACAUGGGGCUAUAAGCGCGGCGGGAACGCCCACAGAUGGUCCGCGAACCACCGCCGCUAUGUCUUGUCGGCAGACAACCAAUAUGCAAUACGUACACCCAACACCCAACAUGCCAGCUUUGUUUAAACCCCGGCUCUCGGUCCCGAUGCCGGCCCAGGCUUGGCCGGACAUUAUAUUCCAAUUCUAUCUUAUCGUUAUUUCUUACCAUGAUCUAUUUCUUUUAUCUUUCUUACCCUGGUGGCAGAGUCCUACCC